AUGUUCUCCUUGGCACUGGCUGUGCCGUUCCUGCUCGCGGGCUUGCAGGCCACCGCCGUGAGCGCCAUCCCGAGCAUCUCGGCCGUUGGGUCCAAGUUCUUCUACGAGAACGGCACCCAAUUCUUCAUCAAGGGAAUUGCUUAUCAGCUUACCCCAAGUGACCCACUUGUUGACACGGCCCAAUGUAAGCGGGAUAUCGCUCGCAUGGCCGAGCUGGGCACCAACGCGAUCCGUGUGUACCAUGUGGACCCGAACGCGGACCACAAGGGCUGUAUGACGGCUUUGGCAGAUGCAGGAAUCCACCUCUUUGUUGAUCUGGAUACCUUCACCACUCAGAUCGAACAGACCGAACCACACUGGAAUGAGACUCAGUUUGAUCGCUUCAAGGAGGUGCUCGAUGAGUUCCAGAAGUACAAGAACACCGCCGGUGUCUUUGUUGGAAACGAAGUGCUGACCACCGCCGACGGCUCUGCGGCGGCUCCGUACGUGCUGGCUGCGGCUCGCGAUGUCAAGGCCUACCGGGACCAGAAGGGUUAUCGCGAGAUUCCUGUCGGUUACUCCGCAGCUGAUAUUGCUGACCUGAGACCCAUGCUGCAGAACUACAUGGCGUGUUCCUCCAAUGCUUCUGAGCGCUUGGACUUCUACUCGCUGAACGCAUACGAGUGGUGUGGAGAGUCCACCUACACAGGGUCCGGUUACAGCGAGCUGCAGAAGAAUGCGACCGACUAUCCCAUUCCUAUCUUUUUCUCCGAGACCGGUUGUAUGACGCCCAAGCCUCGUCUGUUCGAGGACCAGUCUGCCAUCUUUGGUGAGCACAUGGUUGACACCUGGUCCGGAUCCAUGAUCUACGAGUGGAUCGAGGAGACCAACGACUACGGUUUGAUCAGCUACGGAGCCUCCGUUGAUCCCGCCACGGCUACCGGCACGAACAUCGAGGACGGUUUCACUCGCCAGGGUACCCCAACCCCGGUCUCGCCGGACUUUAACAACCUCAAGUCUCAGUGGGCUACGCUACACCCCACCGGUGUUGCUCUGUCCGCCUACAAGAAGAGCCUCUCCAGCGCCUCGCUCAAGUGCCCUGAGUCGACCUCUGGCGGCUGGGCGAUCGACGCCAGCUCGCCGCUUCCCACGCUGGGCCAAACCCACGGGAAGGGAAGCUCCGGUGCCACCGCGACCAGCAAGAACAGCGAGGCUUCCUCGACCGAGUCUUCUGCCACCGCUUCUUCGACCAAGGGCUCAGCCAACGCCAUUGCGGCCAGCUCACCUGUCACUGAGCGUCUGCUCGCUGGCUCCCUGGUGCUUUCCGGCCUGGUUGGCGUUGUUGCUUUCUGGCUGUAG